AUGAUUCAGUUCAGUUCAGUUCAAACCUUGGAGAGGAUGAUGGACCCUGGAAAUCACUCCUCAGUGACUGAGUUUAUCCUUGUUGGGCUCACAGAACAGCCACAACUCCAACUGCCCCUUUUCUUCCUCUUCCUAGGAAUCUAUGUGGUCACGGUGGUGGGGAACCUGGGCAUGAUCACACUGAUUGGGCUCAGUUCUCAUCUGCACACCCCCAUGUACUAUUUCCUCAUCAAUUUGUCCUUUAUCGAUCUCUGUCAUUCCACUGUCAUUACCCCCAAAAUGCUGAUGAACUUUGUGACAGAGAAGAACAUCAUUUCCUACCCUGAAUGUAUGACACAGCUCUAUUUCUUCCUCAUUUUUGCUAUUGCAGAGUGUCACAUGUUGGCUGUAAUGGCAUAUGAUCGCUAUGUUGCCAUCUGCAAUCCCUUGUUUUACAACAUCACCAUGUCUUAUCACAUCUGCUUCUUCCUCACAAUGGGAGUUUAUAUUUUAGGAAUCAUUGGAUCCACAAUCCACACAGGAUUUUUGUUGAGACUCCUUUUCUGCAAAAACAAGGUGGUUAACCAUUAUUUCUGUGAUCUCUUUCCACUUUUGGAGCUAUCCUGCUCCAGCAUCUAUGUCAAUGAAUUAUUGGUUAUAUUCUUGAGUGCAUUUAACAUUUUGACCCCUGCCUUAGCUAUUCUCGCUUCAUAUAUCUUCAUCAUCUCCAGCAUCCUACAUAUUCGUUCCACUGAGGGCAGGUCCAAAGCCUUCAGCACCUGCAGUUCCCACAUCUCAGCUGUUGCUGUUUUCUAUGGAUCUGCAGCAUUCAUGUACCUGCAGCCUUCAUCUGUGAGCUCCAUGGACCAAGGGAAAGUGUCCUCUGUGUUUUAUACUAUCAUCGUGCCCGUGCUAAACCCUCUGAUCUAUAGUCUACGAAAUAGGGAUGUCAAAUUCGCCCUGAAAAAAAUUGUAGAGAGUGGAAAGUGUAUAUGA